AUGGCAGGUUACAGAGCUGAAGAUGACUAUGAUUACCUGUUCAAGGUUGUUCUUAUUGGUGACUCAGGUGUGGGAAAGUCCAAUCUGCUUUCAAGAUUCACUCGUAAUGAGUUCAGUUUGGAGUCUAAGUCUACUAUUGGUGUCGAGUUUGCUACUCGCAGCUUGAAUGUUGAUGGCAAAGUCAUUAAGGCCCAGAUUUGGGACACUGCUGGCCAAGAGAGUGAGGAAAAGAAUAGUGAAUUAGGUUUUGGAUCUUAUUCGCAACCUGAACUAGUGGAUCUUGACAUUCCGCAAUUUUUACAGGCUUUCUGUGUUUAUGCUGAUUUUAUAUCAAAAAAGGUUGAAAUUUUUGAGUUGCAGUCAGGGAGGUUUCUGAGUUAUUACUCUAGGUACCGUGCCAUAACUAGUGCUUACUACCGGGGAGCAGUGGGUGCACUGCUUGUGUAUGAUGUUACCCGGCACUCAACAUUUGAAAAUGUUGAAAGGUGGCUUAGGGAGUUGAGGGAUCAUACAGAUCCUAACAUUGUUGUCAUGCUCAUUGGCAAUAAAUCAGAUCUCCGCCACCUUGUGGCUGUCUCAACUGAGGAUGGAAAAUCCUUUGCUGAGAGGGAGUCCCUCUACUUCAUGGAAACAUCUGCUUUGGAAGCUACUAAUGUUGAUAAUGCAUUUGCUGAAGUGCUUACUCAGAUCUAUCGCAUUGUGAGCAAAAAAGCUAUGGAGACUGGUGAUGAUGCAGCUGCUUCGGCUGUCCCUUCCAAAGGUGAGAAAAUCGAUGUCAGUAAAGAUGUUUCUGCUAUAAAGAGAGUAGGUGUCCCAGCCAAUUACCUGGUUGAUAUGGUUUUCCGAGGUCGUGUACAUCUUGAUUCAGGGCUAUGGAAGGUUCCUUAA